CAUUCCUGGAGAGAUGGGGAGGGGAUGGGCAGACCCAAGACAAAAGUCCAAGAAGCCUUGGAGCACAGGGUCCACCAUCAACACUGCCACCUGGGUGGGUAGUCCCCACCCCCAGCUUCCCCAAAGCUAUUUGAAGCAGGAGGAAGAAACAUAGACUGAGUUACUUCCUCCUGUGAUAUUUAUUCCCAUCACAUCCCCCAGCAUCUGACCCUAGCUCAGGAAAGCACUUUUAAUUCCCCAGGGAGGUUAGUGGGCGGGGCUGGCUACUUUUAAGGGGAGAGUCACAGAGGCUCUGCUCUGCUGUCCUGCCCAAGAGAGCUGAAGGUAGAGCUACAUGGAGGGUGGUGGCAAUGACUGGACCCCAGAACCCAAGGCUGGAAAACAGGAGGGGAGGGAGCCAGGCCACAAUGGUCAAGAUUAGGUCUGGGGAAAUGCAUGCCCAGAGAGGAAAGAGGGAGACAGACUGGGGAUCCCUGGCCCCACCCCAUUGACCCCCUACUUCUUCACUCAGACAGCAGCUGCCACUUGAGCCAUGGCUGGGCUGGCCCUGCGUCUUGUCCUGGCGGCCACCCUUCUUGGUCUGGCAGGCUCUCUGGACUGGAAGGCAGCCUCCAGCCUGAACCCUAUUGAGAAGUGUAUGGAGGACCACGAUUAUGAGCAGCUACUCAAGGUGGUGACCUUGGGUCUCAAUCGGACUUCGAAGCCCCAGAAGGUGGUAGUGGUUGGUGCAGGCGUGGCCGGGCUGGUAGCAGCCAAGAUGCUCAGUGAUGCAGGACACAAGGUCACCAUCCUGGAGGCAGAUAACAGGAUUGGGGGCCGUAUCUUCACUUUCCGGGAUGAGAAGACAGGCUGGAUAGGGGAGCUUGGGGCCAUGCGAAUGCCCAGCUCUCACAGGAUCUUGCACAAGCUCUGCAGGAGCCUGGGCCUCAACCUGACUCAGUUCACACAGUAUGAUGAGAACACGUGGACGGAGGUGCAUAAUGUGAAGCUGCGAAACUAUGUGGUGGAGAAGAUGCCAGAAAAGCUGGGCUACAACCUGAACAACAGGGAAAGGGGCCAUUCUCCAGAGGACAUCUACCAGAUGGCACUCAACAAGGCCUUCAAAGACCUCAAGGUCUUGGGCUGCAAGAAAGCCAUGAAUAAGUUCAACAAGCAUACGCUUCUGGAAUACCUCCUCGAGGAAGGCAACCUGUCCCGGCCGGCGGUGCAGCUCCUGGGAGAUGUGAUGUCCGAGGAGGGCUUCUUCUACCUCAGCUUUGCAGAAGCAUUACGUGCGCACGCCUGCCUGAGCGAUCGACUCCGGUACAGCCGCAUCGUGGGUGGCUGGGACCUGCUUCCGCGAGCUCUGCUGAGCUCACUGUCCGGGCCGGUGCUGUUGAACGCGCCCGUGGUGUCGAUCACUCAGGGGAGGAACGAUGUGCGCGUGCACAUCGCCUCCUCGCUUCACCCCGUGAAGACGCUGACAGCCGAUGUGGUGCUGCUAACUGCCAGUGGGCCCGCGCUGCAGCGCAUUACCUUCUCGCCGCCCUUGACUCGCAAGAGGCAGGAGGCACUGCGCGCCCUUCACUACGUAGCAGCCAGCAAGGUUUUUCUGAGUUUCCGUCGGCCUUUCUGGCACGAGGAGCACAUCGAGGGCGGCCACUCCAACACUGACCGCCCAUCGAGCCUCAUAUUCUAUCCCGCACGGGGCGAGGGCUCACUGCUUCUGGCCUCCUACACAUGGUCGGACGCUGCAGCCCCCUUCGCUGGACUGAGCACCGACCAGACCCUGCGUUUGGUGCUCCAGGACGUGGCAGCCCUGCACGGGCCUGUGGUGUUCCGGCUGUGGGACGGCAGGGGUGUGGUCAAGCGCUGGGCAGAGGACCCAUAUAGCCAGGGAGGCUUCGUGGUGCAGCCGCCAUUGUAUGGGCGCGAGGCCGAGGACUAUGACUGGUCAGCCCCCUUCGGCCGCAUUUACUUCGCGGGCGAGCACACAGCUCUCCCGCAUGGCUGGGUAGAGACCGCUGUCAAGUCUGGGUUGCGGGCCGCAGUGAGAAUCAAUAAUAACUAUGGGUACGGGGAGGUGGACCCCCAGAUGAUGGAGCAUGCACAAGAAGAGGCCAACUAUCUGGACCAGUAUCCUGAAGGGGAGAGGCCCGAGGAGCAGCAGGCGCGGGACGAAGUCAGCCAAGAUGAACAAGAGCCCUCUCACAAACACUUGUUGGUGGAAACAAGCCCCGAGGGGCAGCAACACGUGUUUGUGGAGGCCAUUCCCGAGCUGCAGGGACACGUUUUCGUGGAGACUAUCCCCCAGGAGAAGGGGCACGUCCACCAGAAUAUAUAUCCUUCGGAGCAUGUACAGGCGCAUGGGGAAGUCAUCCCUGAAUUACAAGGGCAUGGGCAUGUGGGAUCUGGCACCCCGCAAAUGCACCGAGUGGGGGACCACUCCUAAUCGCAAAGAGGAAGUGAGCACCUACACUAAUAGCCCACAAUAAAGUUAUUUUU